UGUUCUUUGUUCUCUCUAUAUUUCGUCAUUGUUAAUACUUUGCCUUUGUUAACAACAUAUUUAGUGAAAAUUUAAUUCAAUUUCAUUUAUUUUGAAAUUGUUGAACGUUUUAAAAUCGUAAUAAAAUAAAUGUUUUUUUGAAUAGAGAGGGAUUUUCGGGAAAAUUUUUAUCUUUGGUACAUCGAUCAUCGAGUAUAAUGGCUGAGCAACACAUUAAAAGAGAGGAACAGUCAAAUAUUUUUGAAAAAAUGAGUACCAAUGCAAAAGCACAUGAAAUCAAUAAAGAAGAACCACAACAAAAACGAGUUAAAUUUUCUACUAACGAUUUUCUUGAAGAACUAAAAAUACUUGAAAAUAAAGAAAUCAAAACCGGUGUUAUUAAUUGCAACAAUGCACUUGUAACCAUUGACAAUCAGGAAAUUAAUCUUCUCAACAUUACUACCGAAGUAAUUUCAAAAAUAAAAUUUAAUGAUACAUCUAACGAUGUUGAGAAUAAAGAAAAUAUGCAUCCAAAAAUUCGUAAAUCACUACAAAAACAUCUUGUAAAUUUUAGUUCAUUUCUAAAUUAUCUUGGCCAAUCAAUAACAAUAAAAGAAUUGGGUGAAAAUAAUCAUGCAAUUCCUUAUAAAUUUAUUGUUUAUCAAGAAAAUGAUUUUCGUCUUCCACGUGAAAAUAUUCAUAAAGAAAAUUUAAAUAAUUUUUUAAUUAUCAUUUGUCCAACCAAUUGUCAAGGUGGCGUUUUAAAUUUUCGUCAAUUAAAAAAGAAAAUUUCGAUAAACAACAAUAAUAAUAAUAAUAUGUUAAAUUACAUUAUUUUUGGAAUUCAAACACAAUAUGAAAUUUCCAAAAUUAUUAAAGGCAUGCGCAUUUUAAUUUUAUUUAAAAUUUUUAAAAGUCCUUUAGAAAUAAAAUCAAAUGAUUUUACCAUUAAUGAUGAAGGAAAAUUAAGAAAUCUAUUAAAAAAUAUGACUGAAAAAAAUGUUUUAAUUCCAAUAACAGAAAAGAAUGUUGUACAAAAAAUUUGCGACGAUCUUGAAAUAGAAUAUCAACAAGUUUAUUCAAAUGAAGAAUGUCCAAAUAUUGUUUACGAUGAUAUUUCUGAUAAUGAUCAAUUAGAUUAUCGUCCCUAUGAAUAUCUUGAUUUUGAUGAUUUAAUUCAGUGUUCAACAAAAUUUACCGUUGGAAAAUAUAUUAAUUUUUCAAAACCACAAAUUAAUAGUGAGAUUUUAACAAGAAGCUACAGUAAAUAUGAUCGUCGAUCAGAUGAAAGCUAUGAAAUUGAUUAUUAUUCUUUUAUUUUAAUUAAUCCUUGCGAUGGCAUAAAAAAUUAUUAUUGAAAUGCGUUAAAAAAAAUCGUUUUUUUAAAAAAUUAUAUUCAACACUAAAAAGAAGAAAUUUUUUUUUUUAAAUAUAAAA